AUGGACAUCAGUUCAGACAAAUACAGGAAGGAAGAACGUCGUCAAAUAAAUGAGAUUCUGAAAGGAAGAACUAAAGUUGCAUGCGAGUUUUGUAGAAGACGAAAAAUUAAAUGUAACGGAGCAAAACCAUGCUCAAAUUGUGUUAAUGGGGGAAGAGAAAACUGUACGUACGCUAGACGGAUAGAGGAAAAGAAAACACCUAAGAGGUGUAUUUCCAAUGCAAAGACAGUGCAAUUAUUGAACAAUCGGAUUUCUAGUAUAGAGUCGGUGUUGGCAAAAAUCGCUAGCAGAUUCGAAGAGGCGAGACUGGAGGGGAAGACAAAUAACGAGAAGGUGAAUAUGAGACUGGGAGAAUUAAAUGGGCUCAUGGCUGAAGAAAAUCAGAGUUUAUCGUCGGAGCAUAGUUCUGGGGGGAUUGAGAAUGAGACAAGACGGAGUUCGCAGACAGAAGCUGCGAAAUGCUCCCUCGCACUGUGCUUUAAAUCAUACUCAAUUUUUUGCAUCUUUUCCAAGGCUAGUAUUCAGUGGAUGGAACUGGCACCGGGAAAUAAGGACGAGGAGUUGAUUACACUCAUCAGAAACAUGCCAUUGGUUUUUGGUGAUGUGUUGGAUUCGUUGACGGAGAAGUGGCUUAAUGUUAACAAAGACCAGAUGAUAUGUCACACUCCUAUUCCCGACAGCCCGGUAGUUUUCCAGCUCUUGGACACAUAUUAUGAAAGCAUUCAUUUCGCAGAAUAUAUAUGUGAUUUGUCCUAUGUCCGUGAUAUAUUUGUGAGAUAUUAUAAUCAAAGCCAGGGGGGAUGCGAUAAGCUUGGAUAUUCUGAACUAUUGAUUAUGAAUGUUUCCCUAGCAUUAUGUCUUAUUGAUUUUCAGCAUAGAAAUGAUACACCAAUUAAAGAUACAGGAGCGGAAUCAUAUUCUGAACAACAUGUGUUUGACCUUAAAGAGAUGCUCUUUAGCAAUGCCAUAUUUUUUUAUGAGAAAAUCCUGGUGAUAAGUGAGGGAAUAUCAUCUAUUCAAGCGAUAUUUUUAUUGGUGCUUUACAUUGAAUUAAGUCAUAUUUCUGAUUUCCCAAUCAAUUACACAUUAUCUUCGGUGGCUAUAAGAUAUGCUCAAGAAAUGGGAUUGCAUCGUUUUGAAAGCUUUCAACAUCUCCCUGAAGAUGAAGUAGAGUUGCGCAGAAGACUUUGGCGCUAUUGUCACCAUACUGAUAUAGAAUUCAGCUUUAAGUAUGGCAAGCCACCGUUGAUAAAUAGUUUUAGUGUUUCCACGUUGACGGAGAAUGACUCAGAUGUUUUUUCUGUGCCAAUUGAUCCAUUCCCCACUAGUAAAGAAAUAAAUACCCUGGGAAACCGUUUAAAUAUCGAGUGCCAGACAAAAGGCAUCCAGGCUUACUACGGUUAUUUCUUCCUAAUGUUGAGUCGUAUUAGGUUGAGAAGCUACGAGUUAUUGUUUAGUGUUAAGGCCCAAACGGAAUUAUUAUGUAGCAAGGACAAGGUUUUCCAGACUAUUCAAUCUAUUAAUGAUGAUAUGUUCCAGAUGGCUGAGAUGAUAGAACCUGAAAUGCGACCAACAUUACAUUCUGGUCAAAAAAAAGCUACAAACAAAAAUGAAAACCUUAAGCCGCUAUACGACAGUGAAAGUAGCUUUUGCAGAGAAAAUACCUUAUACCUUCACCUAUUAUUCUUUUCACAUUUAAUUUCUAUAAAUCGAAUUCCUUUUUUGAUUGAUUCGUAUGAAAAUGAUCAUGUGGGAUUUUCGCUUGGUAAUUUAGGACUAGAUGCUGCAAGAUCUGCAUUAAACUUAAUUUUAACUGUGGAUAAAAAUGCUUCGUCUUCCUUUUUAAAUGGUCUAAUGUUUCAUGCAUUUCUAGCAUUCUCAUGUUUGACUAUCCAUUGUCUCAAUUUCCCUACUGAUUCAGAAUCUCAUAAUGAUUGCCUUAUAUUAAUAAAAGUAUCCCGAAUCUUCUUUGCCCGCAGGUCUAAUUCUCUGGCAGAAAGAUGGGCAAAUAGAAGAAAAUACGAUCAGAAAACGACUGUGGCAGAUUUUGUUGUUAGAGUUCUUUUAAGGUUGGUGAUCAAUGUGGUAAGUUUUGAGAGUGGUCGCAAUUAUGUUGCUGAAACUGAUGGGUUAGCUGAUCAUUUCGAGCAGUGUAAAUCGAUUUAUCCAGAGAUUUUUAAUAAAAAGUCAGAGCAUAAUUUAGACGAGAACAAGGCUAUAUACAAACUUGUACGAUUAUUUGACCCAUUACUUUAUUCGUUCCACGAUUAUUCUGCGAUGCCAAGCUGCAAUUUUGCAGCCAACUUAAAAUCACCCCCAUCUAAACCAAAUUACCUUCAGACUUUAAAUAAUGAAAGGUCGUCAUUAGAUAAUAUUUUAAAUCACAGUGAAUCAUGUUAUGGCUGGCCAUAA